AAUGACAUCCGAAGCCGCCUGGGUCCUGUGCUUCGCCUUGGCCUCCUCGCUCACCUCCUCCGGGGUAGCAGGCGGGACCAGGCAAUCUUUGUUCUCACCAGCUGUUGUCAUGGGAAAGAGAGAAAUAAAUGAUGAAGUCAACAGACAGGAGACUUUGGAAGUAGAGUUGAACCAGCCGUCAGAAUCAGCCAUGGGAACUGUGAGCCAACCAUGGACCCUGCCUCAUGUUGGAAAAUCUAUGCAGACAUUCAGCAAGGAAGUUUAUGGGUCUCCUUCCCAGAACAAGUCUCUCCGAGGUAGCAGCAUUAUCAGGGCUGAGCACAGGAAGGACCAGCUCCUACCUCAGGAUGAGUGGAAUCCUUUGGAAGCAAAAGCAUUAAACACACUCCAGCUGCUCUUGGAUAAAAGGAAAAAUGUGAAAAAAUCAGCAGAGAAUCAGACAGGUUUACAGAAGCAGUCUGUUCAGCAUGUCAAAAGCCUUCCUUCCAUUAGUCUUGAGGAAGCAUCUCUUUCUGCCACUUACUUGAGUCAAAGGAACCCAAUCAGCAGAAACAGGCUUCACUUGGAAUCUGCCAACCGCAUCUCUACCUACUUCCACCCACCUGGAUACUCCCAUUGCCAAGGCAGACUUCUGGCAGAAGCAUCUAUGUUUAAAAACGCAGGGUCAAAUGUUGGUCAACACUAUAGUGACUUGGAUCACCUCAACCGGCCAGGGAAUAAAAACCCUUACCACAAACUCAAUGGUUUCCUCCAAAAUAUCACUAAACCCUAUUGGCUCACAAACCGACAGAGUCCAAGCUCACUGAAUGACUUCAGCGUCUUUAAGAUUGACGUUGACAGUCUAGAAGUAUGCUUGACUGGUUGCAAGAGGGAACGUGAGGAAGUAGAGGCUUACUGUAGCAGUGAAUUUGUGGUGAAUGGCAUUGUUCACGAUAUUGCCAUGAUAUACAAAGGAACAUAUUUGGUGACCCUGCUGGUGAACCACAAUGGACUUUACAAGACAAACCGGCUGUUCCUCAACCCUGACGGCUACUUCUUUCGAGUUCAAAUGCUUGUUGUGGAUGCUUUGAACUGUAGCAAACUCUGUCCAGACUUCAAGCUUGGCGGCAGGUACAUCGUGAUGGGUCGCCUCUAUCACCGGAGAAGGCAGCUGCCUACAGUUCUGCAAGAGCGUGUGAGAGGGCGCCUGAGGCCAGGAGAUGGGCUACUCUGCAGAGGCAACAGCUACAUGAAGAGGUUCAACAGAAGGCGGGAUCAAAAAGUUCAAGGGGCAGCUCGCUCCAAGUGUAGAUGAGAAUGUAACUCAGCCGUAACUUUCCCUGGGUCUAAAAGCAGUUUUAAGGUUAUAGGCGGAUAAAAAGUAUUCUCUGGUUUUGCUACAGGCUCAUCAUAUUUUCUGGGUGACAAAUUCUCUUGCUUUUGCUUUUAAUACAAGGAACCGGAGCCUGCUGCAACCUUUUAAUUUAUUAACUCAGUUAUCAAGGUGUGGAUUUCCAUUGGCUUCAACAAUCUACUAGCCACAAAAUAAAGGAGGUUCAUGGUACAGAAUGCCUGUUCUGGAAUACUUCACAGAUUAAUCAGAUAUGAAUCUUAGUACAGUAGGCAGUUUUACCACUUUCCAUUUCUUGGGUACUCCUUUAGUAGCAUUUCUGUCUAUCGGUAGCCACCUUGCUUUGUCAGACUGAGGGCCCCCUGAAUCAAUGUAUUAACAAGCCAUUAGAGGCUUUUAUAAGCCAUGAAUUAGCUUGGGCUGGAGCUGUUCAAUUGCAAUCACUUUGUGCCUUUGCUUGUUAGAAGCAGCACUUCUCUAGCACCUGCUAGCAGGAGCUUGAAAGGCUGACCGCAAAUGCUUCGUACCUAGACCAACCAGCAGACUGUGGCCCUGACACCUUGCUAAGAAACUUUGCAAGCACGCUCGUUACUGGAAUAAAGGAAGGUGAUGUGAUAUUCAGUUUCAGCUGCCAUUAGAGGCGUCUGGACAAGGGUCCGGAGGUGAACAAAGUUUAUCAUUAGCAUGCUAAAAAGCACACCCAGAAGUGAAAAUCUCAUAUGCUAAUAUCCUCCCCCUGGACUAUUAUGGGAUAGGGUGCUUUUGUGCGCACGUCUAUGAAGUUUAUCAUUCAGCUUAUUGCUUCCUUGUUUAAACUGUAUAAAAAAAUGGUUUGGGCUUCAUGAAGGACCCGCUCAAUUUGGACUUAGGUCCUGAGCGUACCUCUUUGCUUCUGCACAGAAAUAAAGUGUUGGAUUCCACUUUCCUCAACUCUGCGUGAUUGAUUGGCCCCUCGCGCCGGGUGACACGAACCCAAUGUCGGACUGGGCCAACAAGAUUAGGUAUUUAAUCAAAAGUUGAAUUAUUCAAUUCUGGGCUAAGUGGUA